UCAAAAAAAGAAACCAGACUUUGAGGAAAAAAAGACAUGAACAAGGAGCGAAAUUGUUUCUGUAGGAGGAUGAUGAUUACUCCGAAUUUUGACUUUCGUAUGCCACCCCCACCCCCCCGUAGCUUUUCCUUGCUGUGCUACUUACUACCCCUCUCUUCACCAUAAAAGCUACUGAUGAGCUUUCUUGCUCUUCUUCAGCGCAAUUGAGUACACACACAGUGAGGGAGAGAGAGAGAGAGGGUCAAGGCUUGAUUCCGAUGAGACCCGACGAGCUUUUCCACUUCCUGUUCCUGCCUCUCCUCGCUCUUCUACCAUUUUCCUCAGCCUUCACUCCCUCCGACAACUACCUCCUCAGCUGCGGCUCCGCCACAAACGCCAGCCUCUUCGGCCGCCUCUUCGUGGGAGACUCAGCCGGACCCGGCUCCACCUUCCUCUCCAAGGACGACCAUUCAGUCUCCCUCACCGACCAAAAGCCACCUCCGAGCUCCCCGGAGCUCUACAACACCGCCAGGGUCUUCACGGCUGCUUCCGUCUACCGGUUCGACAUCAAGAAGAAUGGGACCCACUUGGUACGCUUCCACUUCUCUCCCUUCUCAGCUCACAGCUUUGAUCUAAAGUCUGCGGCUUUUGGGGUAUCCGUUAAUGGGUUCUCGGUCUUGAGCGGUUUUAGUACCAAAGCUACCGUGGUUAAAGAAUUUAUCCUGAAAGUAGAUGGGAAUUCUCUCGAUAUCAUUUUCACCCCGAGCAGCAGUUCGGGGUUCGGGUUCGUGAAUGCAAUCGAGGUCUUUUCUGCUCCUCCGGACUUGAUUCUCGACGACGGGGCGAGGUUGAUUUCCGAUGCUGGGACACAGGAAUACAAGAACAUGUCUUCGCAAGUUUUAGAGACUGUCCAUAGGAUUAAUGUCGGAGGUCCCAAUGUGACCCCUUUCAAUGAUACCCUGUGGAGGACUUGGAUCCCCGACGACGAUUACUUGGUCCUUAAAUCAGCCGCCAAACGAGUCUCCACCACCCACCCGCCCAAUUACCAGAGUGGCGGCGCGAGCAGGGAAGUCGCACCUGAUAAUGUUUAUAUGACAGCACAGGAGAUGAACCGCGACAACUCGACCAUUAAUUCGAAAUUCAAUAUUACUUGGGACUUCCCUGUUGGUUCUGGUGGUUUUAGUCACUUGGUUCGGUUGCACUUCUGUGAUAUAGUGAGUACUAGCCUUAACCAACUAUACUUCGAUGUGUACAUCGAUGAUUAUCCAGCUUAUAUUAACCUAGACUUGUCGGUUCUCAUGGAUCACUUGCUUGCAUCCCCCUAUUACAUAGACUUUGUCGUUGAUUCCAGUCCUUCGGAGGUCGUGAGGGUUAGUGUAGGCCCUUCUGAUCUGAGCAGCCCCAUGAGGAUGAAUGCUAUUCUAAAUGGCGCUGAGAUCAUGAAACUGGUCACUCUUGCGGGUUCGCGGACCAUUGGAAAGAAGAGAAAUGUUUGGGUGAUAGUGGGUCCAGUUCUUGGUGGAUUCGUCGGUCUAUGUUUGGUGGUACUGCUGGUGAUUUUAAUGGUUAUGAAGUGCAAGAAGAAAAAACUAAAAUCGAGACCCUCAGAGAGUGUGGCUUGGACUCCUUUACGAGUGUACGGAGGCAGCUCUCAUAGUCGAACCUCUCAGAACACUGCCACAACCUCGCCUGGGCAAAACGGGUAUCUUGGCCUGCGAAUUCCCUUCGCAGACUUACAAUUAGCAACAAACAACUUCGACAAGAAUCUGAUCAUCGGUUCGGGGGGAUUUGGGAUGGUAUAUAAAGGCGUUUUGAAAGACGGAACGAAGAUUGCAGUCAAGAGAGGUGUUCCUGGAUCAAGGCAGGGCCUUCCAGAGUUCCAGACAGAAAUAACUAUUUUAUCCAAAAUCCGCCAUCGCCAUCUGGUCUCCCUUGUUGGUUAUUGCGAGGAACAGUCCGAGAUGAUCUUAGUUUACGAGUACAUGGAGAAGGGAUCCUUAAAGCACCAUUUAUACGGGUCAGGGCUUCCUCCAUUAACUUGGAAGCAGAGGCUUGAGAUCAGCAUUGGUGCCGCGAGAGGGCUCCACUAUCUGCAUACGGGCUCAGCCCAGGGGAUAAUUCACCGGGACAUCAAAUCGACCAACAUAUUGCUCGACGAGAAUUAUGUUGCAAAGGUCGCCGAUUUUGGGCUCUCGAGGUCAGGCCCGCGCCUCGAUGAGACACAUGUCAGCACCGGCGUAAAGGGUAGCUUUGGGUAUUUGGAUCCCGAGUAUUUCCGAAGACAGCAACUUACGGACAAAUCGGACGUCUAUUCCUUUGGGGUUGUUCUCUUCGAGGUUCUCUGUGCCCGACCUGCGGUGGACCCGCUUCUUGCAAGGGAGCAGGUGAAUUUAGCUGAGUGGGCCAUGCAGUGGCAGAAGAAGGGAAUGCUUGAGGAAAUUAUCGAUCCAAAUCUUGUCAGGCAGAUUAGGCCGAGUUCGUUGAAGAAGUUUGGAGAAACGGCUGAGAAAUGUCUUGCUGACUAUGGGGUCGACAGGCCGAGCAUGGGCGAUGUUUUAUGGAACUUGGAGUAUUGUUUACAGCUACAGGAGAAUGAGAAGCAGAGAGAAGCCCACGAGGAUAGUGAAAUUGGCAUGCAAGACCUUCCUUCUGCGACAACUGUUCCAUGGGUUCCUUCGCAAAGUGUGAGAAUCGAGCGAGAUGAAGAAGGAAAUGGGAGCUCGGAGACAAAUACGAGCCAAGUUUUCUCGCAGUUGAUAACAAAUGAAGGCAGAUAGUUUGCCAUGAGAUCAGUUCUGUUUUCGCCAGUUGACAGGUAAGUAAGUUAUUAUUCAUUUUGUUCCACUGCAAUAGCUUUGCAUCUGUAGUAAAUCGUUACUUAUGGUUAAUGAUUGAAUUGUACAUAGCUGGGUUCUUGUAGAGUUUGUUCGUUUCGGGUUGAAUGUUCUGCUAAUAAAGGUGGAAUUUUCGCUCUCUAUCAUACCUGUCUUUGCGGCUUCUUUCUUAAGUUUCAGCUUUGAUUGUUUGCUCGUUCAGUAAAGAUCUGUUCGAUACUGAAACUUGUAUUGUACUUAGUUACAUGAAUUGAUGCUUAA